AUGAUGAAGAGAGAAUAAUAUCUAGUAGACAAUUUAAAUUGGGACCAUCUACGAAGAAAUCAGCCGUUCAAGCAUGGUCUUGUGCAUCUCAGCCCAGAAUACAAUGAAAAUGCUAAAAACUUGGCAAGAGUGAAGUAGGGCAAGGCAAAAAAGCAAGACUUUGCCUAGUUUUAGAAUUUACCCUGCAUUUUACCAGUUAAAAUUCGUGAUCAAAACAAUGAUACAGAUAUCCCACUAGAGCUUGAUUCCAGGGAGGAAGAAAUCCUAGAAAGCAAGGUCGCACCUCUGUCAAGAAAAAGCUAAGAAAACGCGAAGCAUCAAGAUGAGAAUGAUAUUAACACAGGACCUUAAGAAACAUUUAAAAACUAGAGAACAAUGGGAAGAAACCAAGAUCAGAUGAACAAUAUGGAUUUUAAUCUGCCUGAGAACAGAGAUGAGUUUACCAAGAAUGUGGAUGUCAUCGAACCUGGAAAGGUAAUCUAUGACAAACCUAUAGCUAUAAUCUACAACCCAAAUGCAGGAAAAAAGAGAAAUAUUAGAGCAAUAAUAUCUUAAAGACUAGAUGCGGCGGGUAUCAAACAUGAGUAUCUAGAAUCUAAGAGAGUCUUUGAUACCUGGAUUAUACCAUAAGAGAUGGACCUUGAUCGUGUAAGUGCUUUAGUCGCUGUUGGGGGAGAUGGAACCUUCCACGAAGUUGUGAAUGGCAUGCUUCACAGAGCAGACAAGCGCAAGGUACCUAUAGCCUUCAUUGGAAAUGGGAGUGGUAAUGAUACACUGAUCUAAUUUAAUGCAAAUGACAUUUAAAGAGCUCUUGAUUUCAUUGUAAAAGGAGACUUGCUCAAGUAUGAUGUAGGAAAAGUUCUAUUAGACUACGAAAAUGAAGAAGACGUUCCUCCGGAAUAGAUCAACAGUAAUCUUAGAUAUUCACUCAUUAAUAGCGUAUUCGGUGUAUCUGCAAAAAUAAAUCACUCAGCUAUUGGCUAUAAAAGAUGCUGUUGCAAUCCUUAUCAAUUGGCAGCUUUAAAGGAGUUCUGCAGGCUAUCACCAGUUUAUGUAACAAUUGAGGCAGAUGGUGAAGUCGUUUAUGAAAAUAUACCUCUCAUUCUUAUUGGAGUUUUUAAUACAAAAUACGGUGGGGGUGGUUUUAAUCUUAGUCCAUAUAGCACAGUAAAUGACGGCAUGCUAGAGGUAAUUUUAUACAAGGAUAAAAUUGGCUUCGGUGGAAUGGUAGGGAUCAUGGAUGAUUCAAUGAAGUACUAAGGUAUACAUGGUUACAGUAAGAGUAUGGAAUUUUACAGAGCUAAGAACAUCAAAGUUAUCAAUAUGAUGCCAUUGGAAAAACCCAAAAACAAAAAUGACAAUAGACCUCCUAUGAAAUAAUUGCAACUCUAUGCAAUUGAUGGGGAAGUCUUUCACUUCAGAGACUUUGUUAAAUAUGAAACUCUACAUAAUGAGAUUGAAGUCAUUGUAGACUUUGAUUACUUGAUGAACGAUAAGAAGUAGUUCGUGAAAAACAGCAAGGCUUGA